CAUCUCUUGUCAUUUGUCAUCCCUGCACACUGCUUCAUCGAAAAAUUUUAAUUACUUAGUAAACAAUAGUAGGGCUAAGAUAUUUUGUCACAGUUAACCUUCAUGUUUUAUAAAUUGUAAGGACGAAAUCUGCUUUUAUACAAUGAAUAAAGAAGACAGAAGCAAUGUAAAACACAAUAUUCGCACACCGAAAAAAGCCCCAAUUACCGACGAUUACGACAUUACAAAGACCGUUCUAGGCCUAGGGAUCAACGGUAAAGUGGUACAAUGCUUUUCGAAAGCCACGAAAGAAAAAUACGCCCUGAAGAUCCUCGUUGACAGCAUUAAGGCUAGAAGGGAGGUUGAUUUACACUGGAGAGCAAGUGGAUGUCGUCAUAUAGUCAAUAUUAUCGAUGUUUAUGAAAAUAAGUACAAUAACAGCACUUGUCUGCUUGUCGUUAUGGAAUGCAUGGAGGGUGGCGAGCUGUUUCAAAGAAUUCAAGAUAAACCUGAUGGAGCAUUUACAGAACGAGAAGCUGCACAAAUUAUGCACGAGAUAUGUAUUGCCGUAAAGUAUUUACACGAUAAUAACAUUGCACACAGAGACUUAAAACCGGAAAAUCUGUUAUACUCUAAAAAGGGUACUUAUGGUGUACUUAAACUAACAGACUUUGGGUUUGCGAAAGAAACUUUAGUCAAAGAUACGUUACAAACGCCGUGCUAUACGCCGUAUUAUGUUGCCCCAGAAGUUUUAGGACCCGAAAAAUAUGACAAAAGCUGUGAUAUUUGGUCGUUAGGUGUUAUCAUGUAUAUUCUGUUGUGUGGUUUCCCUCCAUUUUACAGCAACCACGGUUUAGCGAUUUCGCCAGGAAUGAAAAAUAGGAUACGUAUGGGUCAGUAUACAUUCCCUAAUCCAGAAUGGCAAAAUGUGAGUCAAGACGCAAAAGAUCUCAUUAAUGGUAUGCUAAAUGUGGAUCCUGCCAAACGUUUAACGAUUGAUCAAGUCAUGAGCAAUAGAUGGAUUGCACAAUACACGGCUGUCCCCCAAACUCCUUUACAUACUCACAAAAUGUUGAAGGAAGGUGAAGAGAUGUGGCCAGAGGUUCAGGAAGAAAUGACACGUUCGUUAGCUACAAUGAGGGUUGAUUAUGACCAAGUACAAAUCAAAACAUUGGAAAAUUCAAAUAACCCCCUUUUAAAUAAAAGACGCAAACGUUCAGCCAAUCCAGUGGCAAAGGAACAGUAGUAACAAUAAAUAGUAUUACUACAGUGCCUUUACAGUAGUUGAGUUUUAAAUGAAUAUUUUAAUUUGUUUAAACGUCAUUGCAAAAUAUUUUAGCUCCUUUCAUUAGUACGUAGUUUUUAAUUGGGGUUGCCAAUUCUGGUCACUAGACAAUUUCGACUCUGUUUGAAGAAUCGUGAAUUUAAUUUAAUUAAAAGACCGUCAGUCAGUCGGGUUACAGUAGAAUCCAACAACCGUAGAGGUGGCAACCCUACUUUUUAACAUUUUCAUUUCAAGUAGUAUUAUUUUACAUGCUAUACUAAUUUAUGGUAUUCCAAUAAUUCUGUUUUUAGUGAAACGCUCUUACAAUGAAACAGUCGAUACCUACUUUUUCCCUAAAACCACGGUUGUAUUUUUUUGCGCAUUUAUCCAGUUUCGUUUCAAGCGAAACCUGUCAGUCACGUUGCGAUCGUUCUAUGUAACAUUGUUAAAGUUAGUGAAUUAUAGUUUUCGCAAAAAUAUACUUUUUUAUCGUGUUUGUUGAUACUUUAAAAGUAGAUGCUGUUAAUGUAGGUAUUUGCGAUCAAGAAUAUGCCGGUAUAAAAUAAAAAUAAAGUUGGUGCUGCCUGGAAAUUAUACUAUAAACUGAAAAAGUAUGAUUAUGUUAAGUCGCAUGUUUUGUAACAAAACACAUCACACUUUUGUUAAGUCCCGCGAAUUAUCUAAUAUGUUUAGACAAAACUGUGAUGCUGGAUUGCUUUUGAAGUCCAACUUUCCAUAUCGUCAUCGUGUUACGAUAUAAUUGGUGUCUCUGUCUACUGCGUAUCGAAACUUCAUUUGUUCUCUCUGUCGUAACGUUCUAGUGCAUCAUCGUAUAAUAGAAGCGGCACAUUUAAGACAGCACGCCGCUUCUGUUACAUAACUGUCAACUAGAAAACUCAAUCUUUCCAAAGCGAUUCAAAUGGUCUAAGUCAUCUUCAAGUAUUGUUUUAUUGUGCUGUAAUGAUGUCCAUGUCAAGCUCUUGCAUGAAGUACGAAAAACGUUUUUGGUGUUCUGGUAAUGAAAAAGUUCCUAUUUGACAACGUUAUGUAUUUGGAAGCUUGAAGGAAUGUUCAAUUUUGUGUAGCUAUGCUGGUCAUAGUUGGCGUUUAAUGAACGGUGGCUGUCAAAAGUUUUAAGUCGUGGAAAUUCAUUGUAGUUGCAAAUCUUGUAAAUUCGAAUAGUUUUAGCUUGUUUAUUAAAAUUGUUUCAAAUUUGGAUUGAAAUUUCAGGCGUUGACGUUUUGGCCUAUAGCUGCCAUUGUAAUCUUGUGGUUCUCAUUAAACGCGCAACGUUUUAAAGCAAAGUUGUUAAAAAUAAGACUAUAUAACAGUUGUUUACAACUACAUUGUUAUGAUGGAUUGUCAUGAAAUCGCGUAAUUAUAAAAUUAGUAGAAUUUAAGAAUUAACACGAUAUAUACCUACUUACAUAUAACACACGUGUAUGUAGAAUAUGUGUUAUUAAACAUUCGAUGUUCUAAUGUACAAAAUCAUAAGCAAUUUCAGCCUCAUAACUCAUUUAUCUAAAUAUAAAACUUAGAAUCAAAAGACGUUCAAGUUUUAUUUGUUAUACCGGUUGCCACUCCAUUUAGAUCAAUAUAAUGUUAACUGUU